CCUUAAAAGGAUACAUCAUACAUAUCACGUAUAUAAAAUCAUUAUGCAACAAAAAAAAUUGUAAAAAUAUAUUAGUUCCCUAAGAAUCUCAGGUCAGUGUCGAAAAAGAAGAAGAAAAUAACACUAAAACCAAACUAGUUCCUUUCCGAUUUCUUUACAACAUUGUGAUUUAUUUCCUUAACACAUUUUAUAGUUGCAAUUGAUGCUAACUAAUUCUUUUUCUUCUCUUUUCCAAUUUUUUAUUGCAGUGAUUUCAGCAGACAUGAACAAUGAAAUUGAGCAAGAGACUUUAUCUUCUGGAGCAAUGUGUUUCAUGAAAAAACCGGUUAAACCAAACGACCUCGACACCAUAUGCAAACAUGCUUUAAAGUACAAGAUAAACGAAACAGGUGGUUCAAAAGAAAUUCAGAAAACAAAUUCAACCAGCAAUCCAGAUGAUGGAAGUUCUGGAUCAAAGGCCAAAAGAAAGUCUAAGAUCACAUGGAUGAGUUCUCUUGAGAAUCAGUUUUCCAAAGCCAUUGAACACAUUGGUGUUCAUAAGGUUACGCCUACAAAGAUUUAAAGUACAUGAACCUGAACCACUUAACAAGAACACAUGUAGCCAGCAAAUUACAGAAGUACAGAAAGUUUUGGAAAAAAGUUAAGGAUGAGAGCGCAGAAAAGGCAAGAAAAGCUAUGAUCUCCAACACUCGAUCAUCAUGCUACAUCAACCCACAACGCUCUUACAACUACAAGACAAGCCUAAGCAACAAGAAUCUUUGCAAUCACCAACGUGGCUAUGGUCUUGGUCAAUAUAACCACACGAUGAACAACAAUGCUGGUUUUCAUGGCUCUGUCAACUUCAUGAACCGUAGACCCACCAACAAUUCUCAAACAGUAUCCAACUUUUUGCCUAGGAGAGGCAGCCUUGGGGUUUUGAAUGGAAUAAAAGAGGAAAUGGGAAGCAUGUCUGGAACAUCUCAAGAGUCCCAAGCUCAUAAGUUUGGACAAUAUGGUACAACAAGCGGUGUUUUGGGUAUGAACUCUAAUCUUAGUACUGGAACAAUGGGUAGUAAUUACGCUGGGAUCAGAAUAGGUGAGAAGGGAGAUGUAUUUGGACCUGAUGGACUAAGAGUUUAUGUCAAAGAGAAUGCGUCUCUUGGUGGAAUGAGAGUUACUGGUAAUGAUAAUGGUUCUCUUGGUGGGAUAAGACUUCAUGCUACUAGUAAUGGUUCUUUUGGUGGAGCAAGAGUUCAAGGUAAUAGUAAUUAUGGCAAAGUCCAUGGUACUAGUAAUGUCUCUUUAGGUGGAACAAGAGUUCAAGGUAAUGAUAUUGGCUUUCUUAAUGAAAUAAGAGUCCAUGGUACUAGUAGUGGAUCUCUAGGUGGAACAAGAGUUCAAGGUAAUGAUAAUGGUUUUCUUGAUGAAAUACGAGUCCAUGGUAAUCGUAAUGGUUCUUUUGGUGAGAUAAGAGUUCACGGUAAUGACUCUUUUGGUGGACUAAGAGUUAAUAGUACCGAUAAUGGUAAUGGCUCUCUUGAUAGAGUUAUAGUUCAUGGUAAUAGCAAUGUUAAUGGCUCCCUUGGUGGAAUCAAUGUUCAUGGUACUGGUAAUGGUUCUCUUGGUGGGAUACAAGUUCAUGGUAAUGCAUCUCUUGGUGAAAAUUUGAGUGGCAUGAACUGGAACUUCAACAACAACAACAUGAUGAGUAACCAUGGAAGUUCAACUGGAAGGUUUCCUUCUGCAUUGUCAUCGUUCUUUGACAAUAAGGAUCAGUCACAUAACUACUUGAAAGCUCAAACCAGUGGUGUGGUUCCUGUUCUAGAGAAUCCAAUAAUAUCUAAUAAUUAUCAUGGCAUCAACGAGUUUUAUCCGGAUACAAUUAACUCGGAGUUUGAUCAUAAUCAGCAGCAAGGUAAAGCGACUGGUGAAAAUCCUGAGGUGCCUACCGCUUAUCCUCUUGAAAACCUAAGUAACGGUAACUAUAAUGAAGAAACAUUGAACACUGUUGCUCCUAAUUCGGAAAUGUAUUUUCCUACUGAUCAGAAUAUGAUCAUUACAAAUCAGGAAUAUGGUGUUGAAGAUUUGAUGGAACUCCCAUUGUCAUUCGAUCAGGAUUGUGACGAUGAAAACUCCCUGAAGUUUUUACUCGAGGAUGACAUGAACUAAAAAAAAAAGUUCUCCCAAAUUUGUUUAGUUAAACAUUUACAUUAAUCAGUGUAUUAUUUCAUAUGUUUGGUAUAUUGUUGUUUAAGAUGAUAUUAGAUUUUGGAUGUUGUUUCAUCGUAUUCAAACUCGGAGGCCUUUUUUCGUUUAA